UCGGAUUCGUUUCGACCUGACUCCCCGGGGUUUACGGCGUUAAAAACGGCACUUUAAGACUCUUAAAGCAAUUAACACGAAAAAGUUGCUGUUUGGAAACAACGCCGCUGUCGAACUGUCGAAAAAGGCAGGCGGCGUGCCCACCAAGAGUGGACUGAAUUCUGUCAUCAUGAAUGGCAGUGCAAGUGUGUCUGCCACCCAGGCUGGCAGGAUCAAAACCGAGUCAGAUGGGGAGGCGUGGAGUAAGGAGGACUGCCUUACGCUGUUGGAGAGGAUCCGGAGUUUUCUGCCUGAUGGAGACACUAUGAAAUACAAGACCACAGAGUCUCAUUUUGACUGGGACAAGGUGGGCUUUGGAAGCUACACAGGGGAUAUGUGCAAACAGAAGUGGCAGAAGGUUUCUACGGAGGUACGAAAGUACAGAACAAUGACUGAACUAAUUGUGGAUGCAAUAGAAUAUGUCAAGAACCCCUACAAAGGCAAAAAACUUAAGACACACCCAGACUUCCCGAAGAAGCCUCUCACACCUUACUUUCGCUUCUUCAUGGAAAAACGAGCCAAGUACGCCAAGAUCCAUCCAGAGAUGAGUAACCUAGAUCUCACAAAGAUCCUGUCCAAAAAGUAUAAAGAGCUUCCCGAGAAGAAAAAGCUGAAGUAUAUACAGGAGUUCCAGAGAGAGAAGGAGUCCUUUGAGAAGAACAUGGCACGGUUCAAAGAGGACCAUCCAGAUUUAAUAGAGGAAAGGAAAAAAUCAGACCUUCCAGAGAAACCUAAGACGCCCCAGCAGUUGUGGUACAACCAUGAAAAGAAGACAUACAUGAAGCUUCAUCCAGAGGUGAGUCAGAAGGAGUUGAAGGAGGCCUUACGUAGGCAGUGGUCCCAACUGUCAGACAAGAAACGGUUAAAAUGGAUCAGCAAAGCCCUGGAACUCCAGAAAGACUACGAGGAAAGCAUGAGGGUGUAUCAUGAGGCUCACCCAGACGCUAACUCAGAUGAACAUGUCAAAUCUGUCCUGACCAAAGCCGAGCGGCAACUUAAGGACAAGUUUGAUGGCCGGCCCACAAAACCACCACCGAAUGGGUACUCUCUCUAUUGCGCUGAACUGAUGGUAAACAUGAAGGAUGUGCCAAGCACAGAGAGAAUGGUUCUGUGCAGUAAGCAGUGGAAGAUGAUGACCCAGAAAGAGAAGGACAUGUUCCAGAAACGAUGUGAACAGAAAAAGAAGCAGUAUGAGAUUGACCUCCAGAGAUUUUUAGAGAGUCUCCCAGAGGAAGAGCGGGAACGCGUGUUGACGGAAGAGAAGCUCGGGGGUACCAAACUGGCCGUGGGGAGUACGGGCAGCCCCCUCGGCGCUAAAUCUCCCUCUGCAAAGGUGGGCGCGCUGCCAAGCCAUAAAAGGGGUCCAUCGGACCGAGGUCGAGACCCGGAGCUGGAUCAGUGGGUGCACGGUCUGUCGAAGGAGAAGAAAGACGGGAAAAAGAAAACGCGGCUCCCAGAAACACCCAAGACUGCCGAGGAGAUGUGGCAACAAAGCGUGAUUGGAGACUACCUGGCCAAGUACAGGAAUGACCGGAAGAAGGCACAGAAUGCCAUGGAGUCCGCGUGGAAGGCCAUGGAAAAGAAAGAGAAGAUUCCUUGGAUCAAGAAGGCGGCCGAGGACCAGAAGCGAUACGAGGUUCAGUACCGGACCGUGAGAGAGCUGGUCGAGAUGAGGACGAUACCAUCAGGGCAGGGACAAAGGAAGCCCAAAUUUGAUGGAGAGCCGAAGAAACCUCCCGUGAGCGGGUAUCAGAUGUUUUCUCAGGAGCUGCUAACAAACGGUGAACUGAAUCACUUUAGCCUAAAGGAACGCAUGGUGGAGAUUGGCAAGCGUUGGCACAAGCUCAGUCAAAACCAGAAGGACAAAUACAAAAAGCAAGUGGAGGAACAGCAGCUGGAGUACAAGGCUGAGCUGGAUGCCUGGGUAAAGUCUCUUUCUCCUCAGGAACGAGCAGUCUACAAAGAGUUCUCAACUACGAAACGAAAGAGUACGACAAAAGCUCGAGGUCCAGGGGCCAAAGCGCGUGUCACUAAGUGGAAGGCGGUAGGUGCCAGAGCCGGAGCGGUUGGGGCCGGGGGGGGCAAGCGUUCCAUGGCGUAUCGGGCUAAGCAGGAUACAUCAGACUCUGAUGAAGAUGACGACAAGACAGAUUCGUCAGACUCUGAAGAUGAAGAGGACGAGUCUUCCGGUAGCACGGACAGCGACGAUGAUGACGACGAUGAAGAUGACGAGAAUGACGAUGACGACGACGAUGAUGAAGAUGACGAAGAUGACCAAUCAGAUGGCACAAGUAGCUCAUCAUCAGAAGACACUAGUGAUUCAGACUCAGACUAACUUCACUCCCCUCAAAGAGGGGACAAUGCAGGGCACGCCCCCUGGCAACCGCCUGACAACGAAGCAGGCCUGGUGGCUGUGACAUCACAGCAUACGGUAAAACUAACUCCCUCCACGUCUCAUUUUGGAGUGACCCCAGGGAGUGAGACACAGGACCCGGGGGGGUAACAGCUCCACCCCCAAGCAUGUCCUCAUAUAAAGACUGAAGUCAACUGGAUGACUUUUCUUUUAUAGGAGCUGUGUUACUUGUGUGUUUAUUGGAAAAAUUUUUAUUGCCUUCUUUGAGGUGUGUUAUUACAAAACUGUGUUGCCAGUUUUUGUUUUUGUUUUUUUUAAUUUUUAACUUGAAACAUUUAAUGAAGCAGGUAAAGCUGUUUUGAAUUUGAGAUGUGUCGGAUUUUUGUGCUGACAUUGUUGUUGGGAGAGGCAGACUUCAACAUGGAGGAGAUCCACCUAGCUGUGUUCAUCUGUAUGUCUCAGCCAGUCAUGUAGGCAGGACUACGAUCAGCUGCUCAUGUCUUGU